AUGGCCGACGCGGUGGAUCGCAUGAGGCCCAAGGAACUCUGGGGCGACCCAGCGGCGGCGGCGCUAGCGCUCGACGCCGCCACCCGCCACCCGCCCGCCGCCUUCCCUGCCACGCUGGACGUAGCGGCCUGCCUGGCUCUGCUGCAGCGCUGCGAGCGGCUGCUGAGGGCCGAGCCUACGGUGCUGGAGAUCGACCCAGGGGGUGCCGAGGUGGUGGUCGUGGGCGACAUCCACGGACAGUUCCACGACCUGCUAACCAUGUUCAGCACUGCGGGGCACCCCGGACCCGGCCGCCUGUUUGUGUUUGACGGCGAUCUCGUUGAUCGAGGGGCGUGGGGGCUGGAGGUGCUGCUGCUGGUGGCGGCGUGGAAGGUGGCGGCGCCGGCGCACGUGUUCCUGGUGCGUGGCAACCACGAGACCACCUUCUGCAGCUGGGUGUACGGCUUUAGAAAUGAGGUGCUGGCCAAGUAUGGGGCCGGACGCGAGGGCCAGUCGGCGUUUGCGGCAUGCCAGCGGCUGUUCGCGCAGCUGCCGCUGGCGGCGGUGGUCGCGGGGCGCGCGCUGGUGGUGCACGGCGGCCUGGCCAGGGCGCCUCCGCGGCGUGUCACGCGGCGCAGCCUGCCUGAAGGCAAGGCGCAGGUCACGGUGGCCAGCCUGGCGGAGAUGCGCGCCUCCCACAAGGGCGGCGACGACCCCGAGCCCCAGCAGGCCGACCAGCGCCUGCCAGCGGACGUGCUGUGGAGCGACCCCGGGCGGGAGCCGGGGGUCCAGCUGGGCGCGCGGCCGGGGGAUGUGGGCAUCGUGUUUGGGCCUGACGUGACCGAGGCCUUCCUGCGAGACAACGGCCUGCGACUCAUCCUGCGCGGCCACGAGGGCCCCGACGCGCGCGCGCUGCGCCCCGAGAUGCCGGCCAUGGACCGGGGCUGGACGCUGGACCACGACACCCCCAGCGGCCGGCUGUACACCGUGUUCAGCGCGCCCAACUACCCUCAGUUUGGGGCGCAGUGCAGCAACCCGGCGGCUGUGGCGGUGCUGAGCGCGCCAGGCUACGACCAGCCGCGCUUUGUGCAGUAUGACGCAGUGCCGCGCCCAAAGGCCACCCCCUUUUACAGCAUCGAAACCGAGGAUGAGGAGGUGGCGGAGCAGGAUGGCGCGGGAGAUGUAGCAGCGGCGGGAGGAGUGGGCGGUGUCCCCAAGGAGCGCAGCCAGGAGGGGAGCAGCCAUGAGGAGGAGGAUGGUAUCGGCAGCAAGGGAGGAGGGCAGGGAGGAGGGGAGGGCAGCCCAGGAGGCUUGGGUGAGCCGCACAGCUCUGGGGACGUGGGCAGCAAUAGUGUGCAGGAAGUGCAGACCGGGGACGGCGGCGGCAGCAGCCCUGCUACGGCGCCCAGCAGCAGGCGCAGCGAGGAGGUGGCGCAGGCGGGCGGCGGGCACGGCAGCCUGCCAGCACCGCUGCUGGAUGCUCGCGUCAGCGGUGGCAGCGAGCUAGCAGAGCAGCUGGGUGGCGCCGAGUGUGGGGAGGAGGAGGAGGCGGAGCCGCCAGCCAAGCGGCAGAGGCAAGGGGACAGCCCAGAUGGAGACGCAGGCGGGCUGCCGGCUGAGAGCAUGCCAGCGGUACCAGGGGAAGUGCAGCCACUCUAG